CCUGUGUGCCUCUGAGUUUAGACAUACUGACAGAGUGAGCAAAGGGACAAGAGACGGGAAACGUGAGAGAACAGGAAAGAGGGAAGGCAGAAAGACAGGAAAACCCAUCAGAAGUAAAGAGAGACAGGCGAAAACUGACAGAGGAAGAAGAGAAGGGAGAAGAAGAGAGUUAAAGACAGACUGAAGUAACAGUCUCUCUUCUUCUCCUUGAAGUCAUGGCCGAGAACAACACAAAUCUCUUUCUGGAAAUACUUCAGUCUUUUGAUGCUGUCCCUCUGAUCAUAGCUUUCUGUGUGUCCAUCGCGGUGGGCCUGGUUUUGGGCGCCCUGGUUUACGUGAUCUUGACCUGGAUGUCCCGACGCAAAGCCGGCUCUGCCAGGAUCACCCGCCGUCCUCCCCGCCAAUUGCGCGCGUCUUCCCGCAACCGCCCCGGCUUUAACCGCAACAGCAGCUACGACCGGCGCAGCAACAACAGUUUGGUCAGUGCUGCUUUCAGCUUCCACCGCCAGACUUCCUCCGCAGAUCCUCUUGAUCCACUGGGGCAGAAAUCCAGCUUCAGGGCCUCCACCUUCCACCCUCUGCUCCAGUGCAGUCAAAUCGCCAGAGAGGCAGAGGAGGGGAGCCAGACCACGCUGCCUCGUACACCGACUCUGACCACGUCAACUGGAUCAGCCCACACAGCAGCCCGGCCAGCUGCCACCCCACCCAGACCUGAGUCAUGUUGGGGGAACAAUAGCCUGAGGGGUUCCCAUGCUACACAGACCCCACCUCCAGCGUAUGAGAGCAUUAUUAGAGCAUAUCAGGAAACAUGCACCUGAGAGAAGUGAGAGAACCAGGCUGACUCUUAACUAAACAAGCCCAGAGUUGUAAAUGGAUCUAAAAAUUAUAUCCGACUAAAUCUGUCCUGGUUUAUAUGACCAGGUGGAGCAGAGAGAAGCCGCAAGGACAUGGAGGUAAAUUGUGUGCAAAGUACACAAUAACACUCUAAAAGAAAAAUGAUUUGGGAUAUCUUUUGGUUUGUUAGUAUACAUAUAUAUAUAUAUAUAUAUAUAUCUGGUGUUGACAUAAAAAAGGUAAAUACUGGUUUAAAACUUUUUUUUUAAACAGUUCAAACUCUCAGGUAUGUUGGCUGCUUAUAAAUAGAAAUGAUUCCACUUCAAAAUUAGAAGCCUGUAUAAAAACAAGACUUCUCUUUUGUCCCAGCUGCAAAAGAGAGAUAAUAACUAUACAAAAGAGAGAAUGAUGGUGUGUGUGUUCCCCAAAGGAAGGCAACUAUUUCUGUAUUAACUUGUAUUUAAUAAACUCUGUCAUUGACGUAUCUAUGCUAAACCUGGUGGAGACAGCUUUAAACUCAUUUCAUGGUUUUUACAGAGCUGUGGUAUUUGAGUGUGGUAUUGGUAUUCAAAGUAAUUUAGUCUGUCUGUGUCUGAGAGUACAGUAUGUUUGAGCUUGAGAGAGAAACAUUUUGUUGUUUAAAAUUUGAUUGUAAUUUAAUGAACUUUGCUCAUGAGUGAAUAAUAAAUGAACAUGCAACAGA